CAUCACUCGACCGUGAUGGCAACUGCCAGACCUGGCGCGUUUAUCAAAACCGUGUGAACCCCAUUCAUGAGCCAAGAAUUGGGUUGCACGUACUCCAAGUUUUGGAUCCUCGACACAGAUCAAGGGACAGGAGCGGUGAUGUGGACAAGGUACAGUCUUUUUGGCCGUUUCUAAAUCCUCCGUUUCUUUUCCUGUGUAUGGGUUGGUUCUGCCGUGACAAAGAGUCUUUUUGCGAGAAAGACCUUCAGUCUUGACUUUCAGAUUCUUUGAACUCACCGAGUGUAUACAUCUCAGCCUAGCUAUUUACCUUUUCAAAAACAGCAUGUGAAAAGCCUGCGCUACUCAAGCCAAACAAAAUAACCCAAGAAAAGGGAUGUCAAUCGGGG